AAACCCCAAACAAAACGUAACGUUUUUGGAAAUUCGAAGAAAACUUUUUAUAGAAGAAUAAGAGAAGCGAGUUGAAUCGAGAAAUAUUUAUAGGCAAAUGUCCUGGAUGGGAGUACGUGGCCAUCUAUUGUGCGUGGCCAUAUUUGAGUAGUUGAUCAGGAUAUCAUUGGAUUGAUUGCCAUUCGCAGAGUUAUCGUUUGGAGCACAAAACCUAGGCACAACACUCGGAUAACAGACUCGACCAGCUUAGCUCCAAACGACGCUGCUAUAUGGAAUUGCUAGCGAUUGGCGACAAGAUCAAUAUAAGACGAUCCGACGGAUGCAUACAGUCCGCGAGAGUCGGAUUGAAGAGUAUCGAGCGACAGAUUGUGACCGUUGAAUGGACACAGGGCAGCAAGGUUAAAGGUAAGGAAAUACCCUGGGGCUCUGUAUUGGAGCUGAAUCCGUCAUUAGCAAAGGUCAAACAGAAAUCGCCGUUGGACAAAAAGGUGGAGCAGCAGCAGCAGCAGCAGCCAAAAAUGGAAUCAAAGCCGCACAAUCUAUCGGGCUACAAUAUGUAUCGCAAGAAGCCCACAAACAGCCCGUAUAAGAAGCGCCUGCGCGCUGGCAAUCGCUGCGAUGGAGGCGCCAAUUCGCCGGCCGUUAUAAAGCCAUUGAAGCCGCCAAUUCAUGCCGUGCUCGGCGUUGUCAAUCCGGGAAUUAACGGCACUGAACUGACUGCGGUCAAGGGCACAUCGAGCACCUCGAGCGUUCGCCGCUGCUCGAGCGUUGUCCGCGAGGUGGAACGAUUGAAGGAGCAGCGGGAACGCCGACGCGCCAUGCAGGCCGAGCAGCGGAAGGAGCAGUGCGCCCUGAAGAGCAAAGACCCAGGCAAUCCCAACUGGGAGGUGGCCCUAAUGGUGCGCAAUUAUCGUGAUCAGCUGCAACUAAAUCCGUUGCGGUACCUCAGUCCGCGCGGUGCUCGCGUCCAGCAGAUCACCGUCUGCGUGCGGAAGCGUCCAAUGAGCCGGCGCGAACUGCAGGCCAAGGCCGUGGACAUCAUAUCGGUGCCCAGUCGCGAUUCGCUGAUCAUUCACGAGCUGCGCAACAAGGUGGAUCUGACCAAGUUCCUGGAGCAUCACAAGUUUCGCUUUGACUACACCUUCGACGAGCAGUGCAGCAAUACUCUGGUCUAUGAGCACACGGCCCGUCCGCUGAUUCGCACCAUGUUCGAGGGCGGGAAUGCCACCUGUUUUGCCUACGGACAGACGGGCAGCGGCAAGACGCACACCAUGGGCGGCGAGUUCUGUGGCAAGGUGCAGGAUUGCACAACGGGCAUUUAUGCUCUGGCCGCCAAGGAUGUGUUCGCCGAGCUGGCCAAGCCGAAAUAUCGUGAUAUGGGCGCCAGCAUCACGUGCAGCUAUUUUGAGAUCUACGGCAGUAAGGUUUUCGAUUUGCUGCUGCCGGACAAACCGAUGCUGCGCGUCCUGGAGGAUGGUCGCCAACAGGUUGUGAUUUGCGGCCUGACCAAAAUGCCAGUUACUAAGGUGGAGGAAGUGCUGGGUAUCAUCGAGCAGGGCAAUCGGGAGCGUACCUCGGGCCAAACAUCUGUGAACAUCAAAUCGUCACGCUCGCAUGCCGUCUUCCAGAUGGGCCUGCUCAUGCCCGAUCAGUGGGAGCCGUGCGGCAAGUGCUCCUUUGUGGAUCUGGCUGGUAAUGAGCGCGGCGCGGACACACAGUCGGCCAAUCUGCAGACGCGUCGCGAGGGCGCCGAAAUCAACAAGUCGCUGCUGGCGCUGAAGGAGUGCAUUCGCGCCUUGAGUCGCCAUUCGAGUCAUCUGCCGUUCCGUGGCUCCAAGCUGACGCAGGUGCUGCGCGAUUCAUUCAUUGGCGGCGAGCAGAACAAGACGUGCAUGAUAGCCAUGAUAUCGCCGGGUCUGACCUCCGUGGAGAAUACGCUGAAUACGCUGCGCUAUGCGGAUCGUGUCAAGGAAUUGGUGGCCAAGGAAGAAGAUCCUCUAGAAGCUGACUACGAUCAGCCAGUUAAAAUUGAUGAGAAGAACUCUUCGCUUGAUGACGAUGUCAAGCACGACACAGAGUCCUGUCCCGACUCUGAUGUCUCCGAGUCGGAAGACUUUGACACCGAACUUUUGGAUGAGCCCAGCGGCUUUGUUGACUUUAAUUCCAGCCAAGCCUCGGAGGGCAACAGUUCUUUUCGUAAGGGAGACAGCAAUCCAGACCUCCUGAGCGAAGGCGAAGGCGACGUCGACGGAGACGGGGAAGUUGACCCCGAACAAGGCAUUCAGAUAUCCGACGUUGUUAUGCAUCACGAUGUACUAUUUGAGUUUUUCUCUAAUUUCAAGAUGCAUUUUGAGGAGGUUCUGGCCGAUCCCAAGACCCUGGAAAAGAAUUUGCGUCUAUCCAAGUUUCUGCAGGAAGCGGAGCCAACUCUAUGCGAACUGGAAUCCCUUGUGAAGCAGGCCCAUAAGCUGGUCACCACCUACAAUUCCCAGCGAUAUUUGGAGAGUGAACCGGAUGACGGACAACAGCUUUCAGAUUAGGGCUUAAAAGUUAGAAAGACGCCAGCAAAACA